AUGGCCGUAAACCCAGUCGAGAGCCAGUUUGGCUCACUGUUCUCUCCAUUGCCUGUUUAUCUUUCUGCCGGUGCUUGCAUUGUUUACCUUGUCGGACGUCUCCUGUUCAAUCUCGUCCGUGAUGACCGCAAAUCCUUUGCCCCUGGUUCAAGCCUCGACCAGGCGGAGAAGGGCAGUCUGAAGCAGGAGAAUAUGUCUGACGACGACAUCUUUCAGUUGGAGAAAAGAGCUUUCUUUAGCAAGACAUGGCUCUUUGUAUGUCACCGCAGCAGAUUCGACAAGCCCGGUGACUAUCAUGCAUACGACAUUGCCGGUAUCUCGUUCUUUGUCGUCCUGGGCAAAGACUUGAAACUCCGGGCCUUCCACAACGUCUGCCGGCAUCGAGCAUAUACUGUGGUGCGCAAAUCAUGUGGCUCCUCGACGCGGUUUUCGUGCAAAUACCACGGCUGGCAGUACGAUGACACAGGCGCCUUGGUAAAGGCACCAAAAUUCGAUGAAUCGCCCGGAUUCGUACCUGAAGACAAUGGACUGUUCGAGAUCAAGUUGAUCACGACGAGAGAAGGCUUGGUGUUUGUCAAUUUCGACGCAAGCACGCUGAAUCUUCCUUUCAAUAAUGUCAAAUCCCACGUGGAUCUGGGGAGCUGCUCGUGGGUAGAUGGGAAGGAGGUGACCUGUCCAACGAACUGGAAAGACAUCGCAAAUGAGUUCUCCAACCAGGCUCAGUGGGCGCAGAGCCCCUUUGAAUGGCUUUCUGCAAUGCGCAAGUCCAAAUCCAAAGUUGUCAGACUCCUUGGUCCCUUGAGCAUCAUCAAGGAACUCGACGACGAUUUGUGGUGCACCAUGGUGCUUCUGCCACGGUCAAGCUCGGAGGUCGUUGUGCGCUGCGACUUUUACCUCAAACAGGGACACACAGCUCCGGCAAAGGUGGUAGAGAAGUCGAAGUGGAUGCUGGAGCAAGAGCUCAUCCACUUAUCCAAUCCAGACGAAACCAAGAGCGCAGCGAAAUCUCCAUAUUUUGCAUAUCAAUGCGGAGGUCGCACGAUUGACUUGUUUGCCAUUCUCGCUCAGCAUCAACGGAACGAGAAGAUGGCCAAGAGGAAGCUGCAGCCCGCGAUCAGGGUGACAGGCACAGCCGAUAUUGACACGGAAGCCGAAGCCUUGUGCGAUGCCCUUGAUGGGGUAGCCGACUCGCCUUCCUUGGAGAAGUGUUCGCGGAUUUCCAGCUUGUCUCAAACCUUGGAGUGGUGA